AUGGAAGAAGAAGAAUAUAAUGAUACUAAUCGCAAAAGAAUUCUCGAUGGACUUCAUUAUUAUUUAUGUUCUAGAGAUUAUAAUAUAAAUUUCGAUGAAACCAUAGAAAACAUCAAUGUUAAUAUAGAAGGAGAUAAUGAAAAUUUAAAAAAUGAUGUAGAAAAUAAUUUAGAAAAUGUAGAUUUGAAACAAAAUAUGGAAAAACCCAAAGAAUAUAGUAAUUUAGCAAAAAUACCACUUUAAUUUAAUGAUACUGAAGAUUAUAUAAAAACUUUCGAAUUACAUUUAUUUACAGAAGCAAAAUCACAAAUUCAAAAAGCUUAAAUAUAAGAAGGAUCUGCUCCUGAAAAAAUGAGAAUAUUAUCAAGCACGCAAAAAAAGCAUAAAAAUAAUGAAAGCCUAUUUUUCAGAACUUUAAAACUCGAAAGAUUAGAAAUAAAUUAAACAUAAUAUGUUGCACAUGAUUUUGUUUUAUUAUCUUUAACUGAAAAUGAAAUUUCUCCUGAACAUAUGCUAGGAGUUGUUGAAAGAGCACAAGGAAACUAAAUAAAUGUCAAAGUAGUUUUUGACGAAUUCGGAACUGAUAUAAGAAAUAAGAAAUUAUGUCAAAUUUUCACUUAAGAUGAUGAAAAUGUCUGGCGUUUUUGGUAAGUUAAAAAAUUUUGUAAUAUAGUCACUAUUUAAAGAGAAUAUGAAGCACUCUAAGCUUUUGGAAAGAUAGAAUUAAAAGAAUAUUUAAUAACGCCUUAAAAACUUUUAAAAUAAGUGCAUGAAUAAUUUGCAAUUUCUGAAAACUUAGAAAUAAAAUUGUAAGAAACUUAUAAUCUAUCUUAAAUAGAAGCAAUUAAAGCCACUUUAAGAAAGGAAGGAAUCACACUAAUACAAGGCCCUCCAGGAACUGGAAAGACAAGAACAGUACUAGGUACUGUUUCAGUUUUAAUAAACUCUUUUAACAAAUAAGUAAGCAAAAAAGUAACUUAAGAAAGUAAGUUUGUAAUUAAUUAAGGAGAGUUCGAUGAAAAGAAAGUUAUGGCUUGGAUGCAACCUAAUUAUUGUGAUUGGAGAGACUAAUGUUUUGCAAAUAUAAAACCAGAUUUUUCUAAUUUUACGAAAAGUAAAGGUUUUGUAACUGCUGGUAUGUAAGGAGAACAAAUAUCUGUUUCUAAAACUUAAGAAGAACAUACUCCUCCUUAAACAAUUCUUAUUUGUGGACCUUCUAAUGCUGCUAUAGACGAAAUUGUAAGAAAAGUUAAAAGCGAAGGACUUUUAGAUAAAAAUGGGAAAUAAUAUUUUCCUAAUAAUAAUAUGAUUGUUCGAAUAGGAGAAAAUUUUGAUAGAGCACUUGAAGAUAUUUCCCUUGAAUAUCAAGUAAAGCAAAAAUUAGGAGAAAUGAAUUUAAGGGCUGAAGAAGCAGAAAACAUAAGAAAAAAAAUACUCUAAGAAGCUAAAAUUAUUUGUGGGACAUUAAGUUCUGCAGGUUCUUAGUUAUUAAUAAAUUCAAACUUUUAUUUUGAUACUGUUAUCAUUGAUGAAGCUGCUUAAGCUGCAGAAAUAAGCACUCUUAUUCCGCUUUAGUAUCACUGUAAAAGAUUAAUUUUAAUUGGAGAUCCUAAUUAAUUACCUGCUACAAUUUUUUCUAAAAAAUGCGAAAAAUUUAAUUAUGAUUAAAGUCUUUUUGAGAGGUUAAUGAAAUGUGGAUUAAAUGUUUAUAUGUUAAAAUAAUAAUAUAGAAUGAAUCCAAUUAUUAGCAAAUUUAUUUCAAACACUUUUUAUGAAGGAAAAAUUGAUGAUGCUCAAAAAAUAAAGGAGAUAGUCGGAAAUCCGGAAUUCUAUUAAUUUAGAAUAUUCUCACCUAUAGUAGUUUUGAAUGUUAACGGAAAUGAAAUUUUUCAUAAAUCAUCCUAUAAAAAUGAGGAAGAAUCAGAAGCAAUUGUUGAAAUAUAUGCUUAAUUAAAGAAAAGGUUUCCGUCAUUCGAUUUAACAUAAUUAGGAAUUAUAACUCCUUAUUCAUCCCAAGUUAGUGAAAUUCGUAGAAAAAUAAAAUAAUUUGACGGAACCGACAAAUGUCUUGUAGAAGUGCACACAGUAGAUGGUUUUUAAGGCAGAGAAAAAGAUAUUAUUAUAUUUUCAACUGUUAGAGCAAGCAUUUAAAAUGGGGUAAAAAAUAAUAAAAAAACAAUAGGCUUUUUAAAUGAUAAGAGAAGAAUGAAUGUUAGCCUAAGUAGAGCCAGGCUUUCUCUUAUUGUAGUUGGGGAUUUAAAAUAGCUUAAAUAUUCUAAAUUAUGGAAAGGAUUGGCUGAAUAUUCUUUAUAGUUAAACAGUUGCUAUAACAUGGUUUAACCUUUCUAAAGAUAUGUAGAUAAUUUAGAGUUACAUACAGAAAAUUAUAAAAUUUUUAGGAUUUGA